GGAUCUUGAACCUCCUGGACCGAGCUCCAAUCACCUCACCUCAUCUCAUCUUCAAUAUCUAAGUACCUAUUCAAUUGUUUGUUAAUUAACUCUCUCUUAGCUUGCAUAGCUAGCGAAAAAGAAACAGCGUUGGUUCACUCAAUCACUAAGCUUGCUGUUCUCUCCCAUUUCUGCUUGGCACUAGCUACCUACGACCUAUAACUCGAAAGCUACUCGCCGUUCCGUCUUGCGCAAUCCUCCAAAGCAACUAUCCUGUUGCCUGAGCACGUCGCUGCCACCCGAUCAACUAUUCUUUCAGGGGCCCAGGCAUAUCUUCAGCUUCUUUUAUUUCGAGCAGAACGCUUUCAGUCCGCUGCUUCGACUAAAUAAUAACCCAACGGGCGAUUAUCCAACAUGGCUGCUAAUAGUCAGAUGCACAACCUAACUACGCUUAUCAAGAGGCUUGAAGCUGCAACUUCGCGCCUCGAGGAUAUCGCUUCUUCGACCGAGCCUCCUGCCGAUGCCGCCGUUCUCAACCAGGCGAUACCUUCACCUCCGAACCCCUCCUUAGCCGCUCCUCCUCCUCCAGCCGCUUCCGAUUCCAAGGCCACUACUCCCGCUGCCGCGAAGCCCGAACCUGUCGCCGAGCCGCUGCCAGAAUCUAUCGAGGAAUUCGAUGCUUUCCUGAACACUUCUGUCGAUAAAUAUGUGAAGUUGAGCCACCAGCUAGGAGGAUUGGUCGCUGAGCAGGCUGCGCUCGUCAAAUCUGGUUUCCAGGAGCAGCGCAAGUUUCUCCUGAUUUCCACAAAGGCGAAAAAGCCAAACCUCUCCGGACCUGAUCUGCCAGUAUAUGAGAGCCUCAUCAAACCCAUCAACGAGGCACUGAUGGCUGUCACCGAGCUCAAAGACGCCAACCGUCCUAGCCCUAUGUACACGCAACUCAGCACUGUCUCCGAUGGUAUCAUGGUUCUUGCAUGGGUUACCAUUGACACUCGCCCCUAUAAGCACGUGGACGAGUGCCUUGGCUCGGCUCAAUUCUUUGGAAACAGAGUUCUGAAGGAGCAGAAGGAUAAGGACCCCAAGCAGAUCGAAUGGGUUCAGAGCUUCUAUCAGAUGUUCCGCGAUCUUGCCGACUAUGUCAAGCAAUACUUCCCAACAGGUAUUCCAUGGAACCCGAAUGGCCAGCCUGCUCAGGAAGUUCUUAAGUCAUUGUCUGCUGGUUCUGCGACUGCUUCCGCUCCCACUGCCCCGGCACCUGCUGCUGGUGGUGCUCCUCCACCACCACCUCCUCCCCCUCCCCCUGGCCCUCCCCCUGUCCUUGAUAUCAAGACAGAUGAUGCUCCUGCGCCUGCAUCAUCUGGUGGAUUCGGGGCUGUUUUCUCAGAGCUCAACAAGGGCGAUGCUGUCACUAAGGGUCUGCGUAAAGUGGACAAGUCCGAAAUGACGCAUAAGAACCCAUCUCUUCGCAGUGGCUCAACGGUUUCAAGUGGCCAGAGGGGUAAGAGCCCUGCUCCUGGCAAGAAGCCUAAACCCGAGAGUAUGCGUAUCAAGAAGCCAGCCAAGAAGGAGCUAGAGGGCAAUAAGUGGACUAUUGAAAACUACGAGAAGGAGGCCGAGCCAAUUGAGAUUGAGGCCUCACUUACACACUCGGUUCUCAUCAGCCGUUGCAACAACACCACCAUCAUUGUCAGGGGCAAGGCCAACCAGGUCACAGUCGAGAAUUCCACCCGUCUGUCCUUGAUCGUUGAUACCCUUGUUUCGACAGUCGAUGUAGUCAAAGCCAACAACUUUGCUCUUCAGGUUAUGGGCACUAUCCCAACCGUCAUGUUGGAUCAGGUCGACAGUGCCCAAAUCUACUUCAGCAAGGAGAGCAUAGGAACCAAGGUUUUCACCAGCAAAUCAGCGGGCGUCAACCUCAACGUUAUUUCUGGCGAAGACGAUGACUACAAGGAGGUGCCCCUGCCUUCGCAAAUCUGCUCCUAUUACGACGAGUCUAAGGGAGACUUGGUCAACGAAAUUGUGGCCCAUGCCGGCUAAAGCAGAUGGCAUAUACCUUGGAUCCGCAUAUGUAGGAGUAGGAUAGGUAGGAUAUUCAGACAAUUUUCUGUGGUGUAGUUAUUUGGGCCCGCAUCACAUGUAUCUAGACGCGUAAUGGCAACUAACACUGGGGGUGAAGGGCGCCUCUUUCUAGAAUUUUGGAACUUUUAU